UUUAUCAUAUUCGUAUGAAGUAAUACGACCGCCGCCCCCCUACCACGCAGAUGGUACAGUCCAUAUUGUGAAGCGGCAGCGUCCCCCCCCUCGUCGCACUGGAAACCUGUGUUCCUCUCUGUUAUUUCAACCACGUCUCUGCUCUCAUACUCUCUGUGUACACAGGGAUGCGGGGGAAUCCGUGAAGUCGUGAGGGCUGCGGUUGGUUUCAAGGCGAUGAACGUUCACGAUCCUCAGCUCAAUUGGAGGGAAGACGCAGCGCUACCGCUGUCCGCAUGAUAGAGCUUACUUAGUCACAUUAAUGUCGGUUCUAUCAUUCCUAGACGAGUAGAAAAGAAGACCCGGGGAGAGUGUCAUAAGCCGCGUUUGACAGGUGCCCGUCGGCUCCGCUACCGGUCGGGCAGACGAGAUGCCGCCCGUUCAAAGGACGAUGUCGGACCUCCGGUCCCGUGCCGAGGGUUACAAGAACACGGAGGACUCCACGGAGAAGACGUCGAUGGCUGACCAUGGAGACAGCCGGCUGAUAUUCCUCAACCAGCAACAGUAUACAAAGUUCUGCAGCAACAGAGUCAGCACGGCCAAGUACAACCUCCUCACCUUCCUCCCCCGCUUCCUAUACUCCCAGUUCAGGAGGGCGGCCAACUCCUUCUUCCUCUUCAUCGCUCUCCUGCAGCAAAUUCCAGAUGUUUCUCCUACGGGUCGCUGGACCACCCUGGUGCCCUUGCUCUUCAUCCUGGUGGUGGCUGCCGUCAAGGAGAUCAUCGAAGACCUGAAACGCCACAAAGCUGACAAUGUUGUGAACAAAAAAGAAUGUCAAGUGUUGAGGAAUGGUGCCUGGGAGAUCGUGCACUGGGAGAAGGUGGGCGUUGGGGAGGUAGUUCGGGCGGCCAACGGAGACCACCUUCCGGCUGACCUGGUCAUACUCUCCUCCAGUGAACCACAAGGUAUGUGCUACAUCGAAACCUCCAACCUGGACGGAGAGACCAACCUCAAAAUCAGACAGGGUCUCCAGGUGACCUCGGAGAUCAAGGACAUCGACAGCCUGGUGCGGCUCUCCGGGCGCAUGGAGUGCGAGAGCCCCAACCGCCACCUCUACGAGUUUGUGGGAAACAUCCGAUUGGAGAGAGACAGCACACUCUCUCUCGGCCCGGACCAGAUCCUGCUGAGGGGGGCUCAACUCCGAAACACCCAGUGGAUCCACGGAGUGGUGGUCUACACAGGACACGACACCAAGCUCAUGCAGAACUCCACCCGUCCCCCUCUGAAGCUAUCCAACGUGGAGCGCAUCACCAACUUCCAGAUCCUGGUGCUGUUCGGCUGCCUGCUGGCCAUCUCUCUGGUGUGCUCCAUCGGACAGACCAUCUGGAAGUACCAGUACGGCAACGAUGCCUGGUACAUGGACCUCAACUCUCCAGACGGCGGUGCGGCCAACUUUGGCCUCAACUUCCUCACCUUCAUCAUCCUCUUCAACAACCUGAUUCCCAUCAGCCUCUUGGUCACGCUGGAGGUCAUUAAGUUCAUCCAGGCCUUCUUCAUCAACUGGGACACUGACAUGCUGUACGAGCCGACCAACACACCUGCCAUGGCUCGCACCUCCAACCUCAACGAGGAGCUAGGCCAGGUGAAAUACAUCUUCUCGGACAAAACGGGCACCCUGACCUGCAACGUGAUGCAGUUCAAGAAGUGCUCCAUCGCCGGCGUGACCUACGGUCACAACCCAGAGGCAGAGGAGGGUAGUUUUGCAGAGGAAGACCGGCACAGCACGCAAUCGUCAGAGGAGGCUGAGUUUAAUGACCCAAGCUUACUGGAAAACCUCCAGAGUAAUCACCCUACAGCAGGCGUGAUCCUGGACUUCAUGACCAUGAUGGCUGUCUGCCACACAGCCGUACCGGAGCACACCGAUGGAUCCAUCUCCUACCAGGCCGCUUCUCCCGACGAGGGAGCCCUUGUGAGGGCCGCACGCAACCUGGGCUUCGUUUUCACAGGCCGGACCCCCGACACGGUCAUCCUGGAUUCGAUCGGGAAGGAGGAGAAGUAUGAACUGCUGCAUGUGCUGGAGUUCACAAGCACGAGGAAGAGGAUGUCGGUCAUCAUACGCACCCCAUCCGGAAAGAUCCGCCUGUACUGCAAAGGAGCCGACACUGUGGUCUACGACCGCCUCGCCGACAGCUCCAGGUACAAAGAGAUCACACUGAAGCACCUGGAAACGUUCGCCACCGAGGGGCUGCGCACUCUGUGCUUCGCUGUGGCGGAGGUCAGCGAGUCGACCUACCAGCAGUGGCUGGAGAUCCACCAGAGGGCCUCCACCUCACUGCAGAACCGCUCCCUCAAGAUGGAGGAGACGUACGAGCUCAUAGAGAAGAACCUGCUGCUGCUGGGGGCCACGGCCAUAGAGGACAAGCUGCAGGACAAGGUGCCUGAGACCAUCGAGACCCUCAUCAAGGCCGACAUCAAGAUCUGGAUCCUGACCGGGGACAAGCAGGAGACCGCCAUCAAUAUCGGACAUUCUUGCAGACUGCUGACCAAGAACAUGGGCAUGCUGGUGAUCAACGAGGACAGUCUGGAUGCGACCAGGGAGACUCUGGGCUACCACUGUGGGAUGCUGGGAGACGCCCUGUACAAGGAGAACGACUUCGCCCUCAUCAUUGACGGCACCACCCUGAAGUACGCGCUCACGCUCGGGGCGCGCCAGCACUUCCUGGACCUGGCCCUCUCCUGCAAGGCUGUCAUUUGCUGCAGGGUGUCUCCGCUGCAGAAGUCUGAGGUGGUGGAGCUGGUGAAGAAGCAGGUGAAGGUGAUCACCCUGGCCAUCGGCGACGGGGCCAACGACGUGGGCAUGAUCCAGACGGCGCACGUGGGCGUGGGCAUCUCGGGGAACGAGGGUCUGCAGGCCGCCAACUCCUCCGACUACUCCAUCGCCCAGUUCAAAUACUUGAAGAAUCUGCUGCUGGUGCACGGGGCCUGGAAUUACAACCGCGUUGCCAAGUGUAUCCUGUACUGCUUCUAUAAGAACAUUGUCCUCUACAUCAUCGAGAUCUGGUUUGCGUUCGUCAACGGUUUCUCGGGACAGAUCCUCUUCGAGCGCUGGUGCAUCGGCCUGUACAAUGUGAUCUUCACGGCUCUACCUCCUCUCACUCUGGGCAUAUUUGAGCGUUCCUGCAGGAAAGAGAACAUGCUGAAGUACCCAGAACUCUACAAAACCUCACAGAAUGCAAUGGGGUUCAACACCAAGGUUUUCUGGGCCCAUUGUUUGAACGGCCUCUUCCACUCCGUCAUCCUCUUCUGGUUCCCCCUCAAAGCCUUCCAGCAUGACACGGUGUUUGGCAACGGGAAGACGCCCGACUAUCUCCUCUUGGGCAACAUGGUUUACACAUUUGUGGUCAUCACAGUUUGUCUGAAAGCCGGACUAGAGACCUCGUCCUGGACCAUGUUCAGCCACAUCGCCAUCUGGGGCAGCAUCGGCCUGUGGGUGGUGUUCUUCGGGAUCUACUCCUCCCUCUGGCCCUGGAUCACGCUGGCCCCCGACAUGUCCGGAGAGGCGGACAUGAUGUUCAGCUCGGGGGUCUUCUGGACUGGCCUGGUCUUCAUCCCCACCACCUCGCUGGUCUUUGACGUGGCCUACAAAGUUGUGAAGAAGGUGUGUUUCAAGACUCUGGUGGACGAGGUCCAGGAGUUGGAGGCGCUGUCUAAAGACCCCGGAGCCGUCGUCCACGGCAAGAGUCUGACGGAGCGGGCCCUGCUCCUGAAGAACGUGUUCAAGAAGAGCACGGUCAGCCUCUACCGCUCCGACUCCAUGCAGCAGAACCUACUCCCGGGCGACUCUUUGAACGCGCCCGCUGCCCUCCAGGUAGUGGCCGAGUCAUUUGACACCUGAAGACGGCUAUGCGUUCUCCCAGGACGAGAACGGCGUGGUGUCUCAGUCGGAGGUGGUGCGCGUGUACGACACCACCAAGCAGCGGCCCAGCGAGUGGUGAGGGCCGCACUCGUCCUCUUUUCAGCCGACGCCAUCUUUAAAAAAAAAAACGACAACGACGUCAUCAACGGCCGUAGCGUAACUUGCGGUUGGUUUGGGAGCGGAGGGCCGCGAUUGGUCGGGGAAGAGUCGACCCCGCCCACACGAUGCAGGAAGUAUCCGACCUGACUAGGCGGGCGCUGGAGAUGUGAGAUCUGUCUUGUUCUACUUUAAAAAAAAAAGAAAACUAUGAAAGGGAUAAUUGAUAAGGAGUGACGUGUGUUGACUUGCGUAUUCACUAUGCUGUAGUUGUGUGUCCAGCAGACAUAAUGAGCACUGUGCUUGCACUCUUUGUUUGUUUGUUUUUGUUGUUUUUGUUUUUUUGUUUUGUUUUUGAGUCUGCGGUCUGAAGUUCCUGACUGUUGUCGCACUGUUGGUCAGGGUCAAACUCUCGCGUCCCAUUGGAUGAGAGGAAGAAAGGUAGAUAAAAUCAUCAAUGUUGAGCCAAAAAAAGUUUCAAACGCCUCGUCUGAUUGAAAUUCGAAUUUUUUGUAUCGCCAUUGUACUGUUAAGUGUAAAAGAGAAAGGAAGAAGUAAGGGAAUGGGGGAUUCUGUUCCAGGUCACACAGAGUAUCGUUCCUGUCCACGGAUUGCCAAAGAGCAGUCGUAUAUACAAUCACCUCCAAAUCUCAGACAAGAAGGGAAAAAAGUAAAAAUUAACCACCAACCUAAACCAAAUAUAAUCCCACCCUCGAGUGUAUUCCAGCACUAAAUGGACCACUUCAGACCAGACGCUUUUAACUGUGUUUAACCCAUCCCUGUUUUUGUUCUGCACUUCCUAACACACAUGUCUCAUAAGGCCUUACAUACAUCCACAAAUAGUUUGUCCGUUGCUCUUCUCAUAUGUUUUAUUAUAUUAUUCUUAUUAUUCUUAUUAUUUUGAAAAAAGCGUGUAAAUACUGUGCCUGGUUCUAAUUUAAUUCUACGUAGGCCUCUCCGUUUUCUCUUUCUCGAGUUUGAAUCGUCAGCCUAGUUGACGCCUAGAUCCUCACUAUGUUUUACACAGCAGGCUGAUUGCUCGUGACUAGUAAUUGCAUUCCACACAUUACUCGGCUGCAACAAUCCCAAUGGUGCCUAACCAGUCCUCUUUUCCCCCGUUGGACCACCUUAGCCAAGAAUAGUUUAGCGUAGCCAGCUAGCGUAGAACAGUGCUCCUCACUCUCUCACACACACACAAACACACACACACACCUAUUGAGUAGACAAAGCCCACCCCCCACCACAGUAUUGUACUCGUACAACGUGACAUGUGAAAUACACAUUGAGUGCCUUGUGGCACAUGUUAUAACAAAGGAUAACGUUCGUUCUCACAAAGUUGUAACUGGGAACGCUGGGAGGGGGGGGGGGGGGGGGGCGUUCAGUGGUCUUGUCGAAUUUCUGUCUGCUUACAUCGGUGGUGGCUCUCUAUUUCACCAUAGUGUUUCCCUUGACAUGGAUUGGAUUCCUCCAACAUAAGUGCCAUUAGCUUAAGGGAGAGAGGAACAGUAGUCAGGAAACUCCACCCGUGUCGGCACUACUUGGUCUCUAUAGUUAUUUUGUGAAUUUGUAUUUUUAUAAUGGAGAUGUAUGGAUUUUGCAUCGACUGGCUUUGUAACGAAUCGUUCUCCGUACGUCUUUUGUUCUUCUUCUCUCUCAAACUGAACCGAAUGAGAAACCUGAGCUUUCUUAAAUGUACCGUGGUUAUUAUUAAUAUGGAUAUAGCUCUGUUAAUUUAUAAAUUGGACUACUUGUGUCUGUGCGAAUGCUUUUUCUUCUCCCCAUGGGAGAUUGUUUUCUCUGAAGGAAUGAGUGUGUGUCUAUGUGUUGUCUGCAUGUGCAUGUGUGCGCACAUAGCCGUGUGUGUAUGUGUGCGUGUGUUGACUCUUCUCCUGUGCAUAACAUAUAUGUAUGUAUGUAUGCCUUGCAUGUCUGUUUCCUUAAUGUGAGGCUGGGAACUCUGGACUUUUCUCUCGUGGCAACCUAUCAGUGUAUUUUAUGUGUAUUUGUUUUGCGCGCACGUGUGUGUGUGUGUGUGUGUGUGUGACGCGUGUGUGUGUGUUUGUGUUAACGAGUGCGCAUGUGUGUGCUCACGCCGGCCUGUGUGAAGACGCUUGCUCUUACUGUCUGUUUGCACGAAUCCAAGUAUAGGAACGGUGUACUGCUGUCCGCUGAUGCAGGGUCCAUUUGGGUCUGUGUCUAAAGUGAGUGUGUGUGUGUGUGUGUGUGUGUGUGUGUGUGUGUGUGUGUGUGUGUGUGUGUGUGUGUGUGUGUGUGUGUGUGUGUUUGUGUGUUUGAAAGGGAGAUGUUGCACAAUGCACUCAAUGUAACUCCUCAGUAGUGGAUACCUGGUAUCAUCUGGUCAUGGGUUUUUCUUUGGCGAAUAUUUAUUUGUUUUUUGUAACUUGUGUUCCUCAUGCAACGUUUUUUGCGACAUAACAAAAUGGAUUCUGGUUUUUGCUUCUGUUGGGUUCUGUUUAUUUGUUCGGCUUCGGGCAAAACAAAAUAGGGGUUUGUUAUGCUGCGCUUUUGUUUCGUGUUCGGGUUCGGCUUCUAUCCGCCGUCUCUAAAAAUGCUGAAUGUUGAUCUUGUGUUUGUGGACGGACUCGCACUCGUUGCUUUUUCCGGAAACAUGAAAACACGUUACAGUCCCUAGUCCCCACCCCCCCCCCCCCUCCCUUCGUAACAGUGGGGGGUGUGGGGGCUGCAUGAGUGGACUAGGAUAAAAUCAGUUCCUUAGUUAAAUGUGUAUUGUACCACUCCAAUUCUCACUCAAGUAUUGGUCACUUUACAAAAGAAAAUGCACUUUUACAUUUUUUGGUGUUUUAAUAUUUCAUUUUCAUAUGCCAUUUUGUUAAAUGAUUGUUCUGCAUGUUGGGGACUGCAAACUUUUAAGUGUUGUCUUUUACUGCCAUGGAGGACUCCUGAAAUAAACUUUACAAACAA